AUGGAUGUCCAGGAUGAGGUCCGAGACGCAGUAUUCCGACGCUUCCCAGCGGGUGUGGAUGCUCCAAUCUUCGAACAAGACAUGAUGACCGCUGCUUUCAAGCAGCUGGAGGUUGCUGCUACGUUCGACCCCUCUAGCCCACAAGGUCGGCAAGCGAGUCCAGCCACAUCAGAGAUUAACCCCUCAGUAGCGAUCGCCUGUGAUAUAUUGCGCUUUCUAGACACAUGCCCAAGCUUGCUAUUCGAGGCCGCUAGUCAAGACAUUGAGGAUCUUGCAGACAGUCAUAUCUUUGAGUGGUUCCUACUCUGCAUGACGUCUCCCGAUGAUGAGAUCUUGCGCCAGACUUGCAACGUCGUCAGGCGAUUAUUUUCCAACCCUUCUACAGCAGACAAAUUAAAGGUUUUACAGAGAUCUAGGUCGCUAGCUUUGAAAGAGGAGUUUUGGGGGCGUAGCACCUUGAUACUUUCUUCCAUGGCCAAUAAGAUCGCACAUAACCCAAGUAACUCAGGACUCUCUGAUAUCAAAAACUAUCUCGAGGCCCGGGUAUUGCUCUUGACAUCAAUUCCAGAGCCGGCGCGUCUACACGAUGAGAUCAACGACUUGUCUUCAGUUGCUUCCAAGGUCGAAACGGCCCUUCUUGUGUCUCUAUGCUCAGCGGACCUCGAGACUUGCGAACAAGUUACUACCUGCAUCCGAUACUUUCUUCGAGAGUGCACUAUUCUUGAGACCUCGUUGACCUCGGCAAAACAAGUUGCAAGUAUGCUCCGGAACUCUGUAGUAUUCCAUGAGCUGGCCUCUCGAGACUUUCGUCUAACAGGCCUAGUCGCCUUCCAAAAGCGCGUGAGGAGCCUACUACGUCGCCUGCAAUAUCCGACAAGUGGAAUUUUGUAUGCAUGGGAGCUAGCAUUCGAAAAAUGGGUCACACUUUCGAGGGAGAUAUCGACGUCUUUGUCGAUUUCUUUAGAGAGCCAAACCCUUGCUGAGUGGCGCAACUUUUCGGGAUUCUUAGCAUCCUUGGGCGGGAUCUGCACAACAGCCCAAGCAACCUCGCUAGAGGAGCCGACAAUCAGCGGCUUACGUUGGAUUGAUAGGCUGUCCUCUGAGAACCACGAAGAGCCUCUCCUCACAAGGUACCUAAGGCUCAGCAUCCGCCUGUUAGCGUGCUCGGACGUACGCGUUCGUGAGGCGACUCGGGAAAUUCUUACAACUGAAGUUUCUCCCGCCCUAUUUCAACCUCUCUUUCGGGCCCUAGAAUCUGAGCUUGAGAUCCUCUUCGCAGGCAGUCUUGCCUUAUCAGAGAGUGGACGUGACAUAGAAGUGAUUUUUGCGGAACAAACUGCAUCCCUUUUACGAGGACUUAUCGAACGGCUAGAUACACCCGCCGAUCUUGGGGCCGCUUCUUCUGUCCACCUUGGGGCUCUAACUCUUGAUUUCGCGAGGUUUCUUGAUUCAUUAAAUGAAACCACAGCUGUACAGAGGGUGAAGAUAAAAGUCUGCCAUCUGUGCGAAGCCGUCACAAAGAGAAAAGAAUAUCUCAAUCUACGAGACGACGUUAGGAUCCGUAACCAGCUCCUCGAGUCGAUAUUUGGUUGGUUAGCAGACCCUCGAGGUACACGCCACGAUACCGGGUCGCAAGUCCGCCCUGACGAGUCCCUCCGGAUCCAAAGAGACUUAGAUAAAGCAUGUCUCCGUGCCUUGGCUGAACUAACAUUACGAUUACCUCUUCAACCAGCAGAGGGCCAGAGUGAUGCUGGCGCGAGCGAACUAAAAUCUCAGAUGUUUCUUCAAUAUUUUACACGCUUCUUGUCCCUUUUAAACCACGAAACGUCGGAACUAGGGACAAAAGAAAUUCCUCAGCCCGUGGUUGCCCUCCGUGAUGAGGGUGGCUCAACUCCGGAGCUUACUAUCAUUAUUCUAUCUAAUCUUCUCAGUGCCAAUAUAGAUGUUGGACUGAAACAUUCGCUCAAUAUAGGCUAUCAUGAGAAUAUCGAAAUACGGACGGCGUUUGUUAAGGUCCUGUACAAUAUUCUCAUUCAAGGCACUGAGUUCGGCAAUCUAAGCGAUACGGUGGUAAGCGAGAAAUACGAAGAGCUACUAGAGCUUCUUACAAGGGACGUACCGCUAGCAGCAGCAAUGGGGGCAGUUUGCCCGAGUAGCGAGGUUGAUGAACUUACUGUUUCUCUCCUAACCAUAUUCGAACAGCGUGGCCUGAGUUUCCAUCUGCUCGAGGCCCUUGUUAAACAUGAGGUUGACAACACUGAAAAUGAAUCAGAGCUGCUUCGCCGCAACUGUGUGGCUACGAAAAUGCUGUCCAUAUAUGCAAAAUGGAAAGGUGCAUCCUACUUAAAGUCAACACUGCAAAAGGUUGUUGAGCGUUUGAUGCUAACUUCAAACGACCUUGACCUCGAACUCGAUCCUGCGCGGGUGAGUUCACCAGACGAACUUCAAAAACGCUCUCCAGCUACGAAUCGUAGCCAAAGUAUUCAUCGAUGA